AUGAUGAGUUCAUUUAGCCAAAACAACUAUAUUUUAGUUCUGCUCCUUGUUUUCACUUUGUGGACUUGCCAUGUAAUGUCUCGCAGGUUGCCUGAGGCCUUCUCGUCAGAGAGACAUGAGACGUGGAUGGCACAGUAUGGUAAGGUCUAUAAGGAUGAUGCUGAGAAGGAGAAACGUUUCCAAAUAUUCCAAAACAAUGUGCAGUUCAUUGAGUCUUUCAAUGCUGCUGGGGGGAAAUCUUUCAACCUUAGCAUUAACCAAUUUGCUGACCUUCAUAAUGAAGAAUUUAAGGCUUUAUUAAUUAAUGGUCAGAAGAAGGAACGUGGCGUGUGGACGGCAACAGAAACAUCGUUUAGGUUUGACAAUGUCACUAAGGUUCCUACAACCAUGAACUGGAGAAAAAGAGGUGCUGUUACUCCAGUCAAGGACCAAGGCACAUGUCGAAGUUGUUGGGCAUUUUCAACUGUGGCAACAAUUGAGGGUCUCCAGCAUAUAACUAAAGGUGAAUUGGUGUCCCUAUCAGAACAAGAACUGGUUGAUUGUGUUAAAGGUGACAGCUACGGAUGCAAUGGUGGUUAUGCGGAAGAUGCCUUUGAAUUUAUUGCUAAGAAAGGAGGAAUAGCAAGUGAAACAUACUACCCCUACAAAGGAGUUAACAGGACUUGUAAGGUUAAGAAGGAAAGUCAUGGUGUAGCUCAGAUUAAAGGGUAUGAGAAAGUUCCUGUUAAUAGUGAAAAGGCACUCCUGAAGGCUGUGGCACAUCAACCAGUGUCAACUUAUGUUGAAGCUGGAGGAUCUGCUUUCCAGUUUUACUCAAGUGGGAUUUUUACAGGAAAGUGUGGAACUGACACUGACCAUUCUGUUACAGUGGUUGGUUAUGGAGAAGCUGGUGAUGGAACCAAGUAUUGGCUAGUGAAGAAUUCAUGGGGAACUGAAUGGGGUGAGAAAGGGUAUAUAAGGAUGAAGAGAGAUAUACAUGCCAAGGAAGGUUUAUGUGGAAUUGCCACCAAUGCCUUAUAUCCAACUGUUUGA